AUGAAUCCCCUGAGCACUUUCCUGCUGUCUAUUUUUUUUAUCAAAGCAGCCCUUGUAUGCGCCAUUUCGACGCAUGAAGUUUUGAAUGACAAACGAAUUGAGUUUAAAAAUAAUGCCAAACGGAUUAUCAAUGAAUCAUAUUUGGUGGACAAAAAUGAGAAGCUGUUGGGCAGUUCGCUCAGGACAUAUAAAUACUACUUGGUAAAAGGUACAACCGAAUUUAGGGCUAUCUUCAUUUUUGACGAUUUAAAUUUGAACAAAGCGACAGAGCUAGGAAUACGCAAUGCUCAACACGAGGCGGACAUCUUAAAUGUAGAGGGGAACGUGAAGAACAUUUACCCCCUCGAUGAGAUAAGCACAUUUAAUGAGGUCCUAUACAGAGAGAGAAAAAUGUUCAGCCUGGAAACUGCGUACUCCACCACAAGUUAUGUGCUAGCCAAAUUUGUCUUCGACGUGAACAUCGAAGAAGAAGAUGAGGAGGACAUCAUGUCUCUUUUGAUUGAAACUGAAUUGAACAUGAAGAAAAAAAAAUUGGACGUUCUCACGGAGGGGGAUGGCGGCGCACAGCGAGGGGGCAACAUGAACAGCAUCAGCAGCAGUGACAUGCAGUCGAACCAGUCUAACCACGCGAACCACUCGAACCACUCUCAAUCGGUUGAACUGUACAAGAAGAAACGCCCACAAGUGUUCACCCAAUUCGUCGGGCUGUUCGUCAGCAUAGUGUCCAUGGUUACCUCCAUCUCAGGUGCCAUUUCAGCUGUCGCGUCAGUUUUUUCGGGCACGCCCAGCCCCUCACCCCCCGAAUUUUUGGGGGAUGAGGCAUGGACCCUGCCCACAUAUGAGGAGAGAAGGGUUUCCAAGAGGGAAGCUCCCAAGGCUGGGAAAGGCAAGAAGGCUCCACAGGAGGAUCCCUACUACGAUGAUGACUACAGCGAUGGUGACUACUACGAUGGUGACUACUACGAUGGUGACUACUACGAUGGUGACUACUACGAGGAUGAUUACUAUGAGGAUGACUACUACGAUGACUAUGGCGGUGACUACCGCUUCUAA